AUGUCUCCUAUUGCACAGGGUUGUUUCUCUCCUGCUUCUCCUCUCGUGACCAGUGGUCUAGACACCGUAUCCCCUUCAUAUUCCCCUUCUUCUCCUCUGCAGAGCCCAUACUACCAACCCAGCAUGAGAGAUGCAUCAGGUGCUGCUGGGGCCAUUGCCUCUCCCUCUUACAGCGCCUCUUACUCUCCUACAUCACCCACAUUCUCUCCUGCAUAUUCUCCUUCUUCUCCUGCUUCUUAUUCUCCCACUUCUCCCGCAUAUUCUGCAGCAGGUCUCAACCCAACUUCUCCUGCUGUUGCUCCCUUUGCCCCUUUCUCUCCCAAUACAAACACAAAUGUUGCUUCGCCUUCUUACUCCCCCACCUCGCCAGUAUACUCAGCAACCUCUCCCUCAUACUCACCCACAUCGCCGCUACAAGAGCCCACGUCUCCGGCUUACUCCCCCACCUCUCCCGCAUACUCUCCCACUUCUCCCGCCUACUCCCCCACCUCUCCCGCUUACUCUCCCACUUCUCCUGUGUACUCACCACAAGCAGGAGGAUACGGAAACGUCGCAUCCCCUGCUUACUCUGUUCAAUCACCUCGAUACUCUCCCACCUCGCCCCUACCAGGGGCCGCCUCUCCCGCCUACGGAGAAGCAGCGCAGGAGUACUCCCCCACCUCUCCCGCUUAUGAACCUGCUGACCCGUUCUCCCCCAACCCGUACGCCACUGAACUCACUCAAGACAUAGAGCUAGGCGCAGACAACGACCCCACAGACCCCACAGACCCCACAGCCCCCGCCGACCCCACCGACCCCACCGAUCCCAACACCGAUCCCAACAACGAUCCCGCCGAUCCCGCCGACCCCACGUCUCCCUCUUCCCCACAACCCCCGCAGGAAGAUGCCUAA